GCGCCCGGAAGAAAGGAAAGGGGUGGUAGCUUAUCGCAGUUAAGUGCGUUUGGCGGUCGUGUACCAGGGAGCGCGUUCACUACUACUGCGAUGGUUUGUAUUGCGUAGGAAGUUUAAGGACUAAAGAAUUGAAAGCCUGGACAAUCGAGCCGCCUUGUAUACUAAAUCCUCAUAUUUUGACUCCCUGACUCUUUUUACAUGCCGGGAUAUUUUUUAAAAGACUGAUUGUGGGGGAAAACCGCUUCCGUUACCCAGUUUGAGAGUAUCCAAUGCUUUUACAUCCGUGUAUGAACAGCACACUCGAAGCUAUGCAUCCAACGGGAAUCCAAAAAGACACUACUUUCACGAAGAUUUUCGUCGGGGGUUUACCCUAUCAUACAAACGAUGCAUCUUUGAGAAAAUACUUCGAAGCAUACGGAGAGAUAGACGAGGCUGUGGUCAUAACGGACAGACAGACGGGGAAGUCAAGAGGCUACGGCUUCGUGACAAUGGCUGACAGGUUAGCAGCAGAACGAGCCUGUAAAGACCCAAAUCCCAUCAUUGAUGGUCGUAAGGCCAAUGUCAACCUGGCCUACCUCGGAGCCAAGCCACGCAGUCUUCAGACAGGCAUAUCUAUUGGUGUGCAGCCAGUUCAUCCAGCACUUAUCCAAAGGCAGUAUGGGCUGGUGCCGCAGUAUGUAUACCCACAAGCCUUUGUACAGCCCGGCCUCGUGCUCCCUUCUCAAGUGGCCUCCUCGCUCACUUCUCCGUAUGUGGACUACACUGCUGCCUAUGCCCAGUACACCUCAGCAGUUGAACACUACCCUUAUGCCUCUUCCCCAGGUUUCAUGAGCUAUGGCUACACCAACAGCCACAUCACCGGCCAAGCCUCCAACACCACUUCACUGCACCAGACGCUCACUAAUACGCCCACUGCUGCCACCCCUGCCUUCAUCCAGUACCCACCACAGCAGCAUCUGCAACCCGAGCGUAUGCAGUGAGGUCCACACCAGCCAAGUGAGCUCUGAGGAAAAACAUGAGGCUAAAAACUAUUGCACUGUCACAUCAGGAUUUGCUUCCGGCAGCUGAGUCCGGAGAUAGUGAAACUGUGCAGUGGCUUUAAAAGAGCUUCCAGAAGCACUGAUGCUUUUUUUUUUUUUAUUUUUUUUUUUACAAAUUUCCUUCAACAUUAUUACUGUCAUUACUAUUAUUCAUGCUAUUCAUUAUCAUAAGCUUAAUUGUAUUAAUGUUUCUUUUUUUUGUGCUCACAUUAUAUUGUUAAGAUCAAUCAGAGUAAGGUGCCUCAUUGUAUAGAGUGGAAAACAAAGUUAAGGAAGACUGUACAGUCAUACACUGAACAUGAGAGGCUUUAGAAAGUUUAAUUGGGGUAUUGCUGCUUAAGGACACCGGGGAAAGCAUUUGAGAGAAUGGAAAGUCAAAAUUUAAGGUUAUAGACAGGGCAGAACACAAAAUCAGAGAGGUGGGGAAAUGGAGAUGCAACAGGACAUCCAUACAUGCACAACAACAAGAUGUUGGUACUAAAUCAAGGACAACAUGGAGAGCUUCAAUCUACUGCUACUGCUUAAAGACACUCAAAAGCCCCUCCAGGAUUACCCUUUUUUUUUUUUCUUCUUUUUUUUUUUAAAUAACGAAGAGGCCUUAAGACUAGAAUCUUUCUUUAGAUGUAAAUGACCAUUUUAGCAUUUGUAUAUAAGGUGAACUGUGAAUAAGCCACCACCUGCUUCCAAACAAAAUAAACCCCAGUCGACAGACCUCAGACUUGUUUAAGUCCAAAGACUUGUGAUAUGGUAUUUUAGAGUAAGGGUGCUAAUUAAAGAUUUCGAUCAGGUUUCUGUCCAUGGUGAUGAAUGUGACUUUGUCAUAAUGCAAAACUGACUUGGAGACAGGUGUCAAGUUCAGGAAAAGCACUGAAUGUGCCCAUUGUUUGGAUUGUGGAUGAAUGGCGAUAAUCAUUACAUGAUGCAAUAAGCAUUGGAUUUUAACAUGUAUGGUAGCUGACACUGAUACCUACAGUACAUCAGUUUUGUAUAACUGUUAAAACUAAUUGUAAAACGUCUUUUUGAAUAUCUCUGAACAGGGGUGUUCUUUAUGUACAGCUUUGUCACAAUUUAAAGCAUUUUGCAGUAUUUAUGUUAAGAUAUUUAAGUGAUCUGUGGAAAAAAUUUUUUUUUUUUUUUUUUUUUUUUUAAAUAAAUAUAUAUAAAUUGUUCACUUGGUACACCAAACAUGCAAAACAUACAAUGUUUUAGGCUUCUGGUUGCCAAAUACGAACAUGUAUAUAGUUGAUUUAGCAUUCUUCUUAUACUAAUAAUCCACAUGUGCACCUAAAAAUGUUACGUUGAUUUUUUUUUUUUUCCGUCUCAGCUUUCACCUGGCACAUAAUUGCUCUAUGAAGCAUUUUUAUGUCACAUCAUUUCACUAUCUGCAAAGAAGCCAUACCAAGAAAAGUCUUGGGGGGAAAUAAAGACUUUAUACUAAAAAUAGGAAUUCA